AUGACAUUAGAAUAUUAUAACGAACAUAAAGAUGAACUGAAAGGAGAGAAGGGUGACACUGGAGCUCAAGGACCACAAGGAAUACAAGGAAUACAAGGAAUACAAGGACCUCAAGGCGAAAACAGUUUGGAUGGUGAAGAUGGAAAGGAUGGAAAAACUGCUAAAUCAUGGAUAUGGAACCUUAUAAAUACUGGUUUAACAGCUGCUUCAUAUGGAGUUCUUCAAUACCAAAUCGGAAAGAUAUGGGCAGUACUUGGUGAAGAAGCUUUAGAUGACGUUAAAAGUGCUUUGAACUUCAUUUCAAAUGGUUCGGAUACUAUUAAAACUUUAUCUGGUUGGAUGCAAGAAACAAGGAGUCAAAUAGAUACCGUAAGACGUAUAGCAAACAAUGCACGUACAGGAUUGGAUACUUUACGAGAAGCACAAAAUACACUAAAGGAAGCAAAUGAUAUUCUUGGCUCAGUAUCAGACAUGCAUGAAGAUUGGCUUAAAGGUAUUGACAAAUCUUUAAAAAAUCACAGUCAGUCUAUUGCUGACUACAAGAAAAGUAUAGAUUUUUUACAUAGUGCUAUGGACGUACAUUAUGGAAGCAUAAGGAACUUACUUAAUGCUAACAAUAACUUACCAGGAACUAUUAAAGCAUUUAUAAAGUCCUUUGUAAAACCUGGUGCUCUAGCAUUUAGGUCUUUGAGCGCAAGAGCAUUGAAGUCAAGAGAUGCAGAAACUCCAACAGAACCUACAGAAGGAACUGAAACAACAGAAACUCCAGAAGAACCACCAAAACCAACAGCUAAUGAAAUAUUGUUCGAAUAUUUUCCAAGGUACUCUGUUCUCAUUGCAUACAUUCAAGAAAUACUUAAGAAAGCAGACUUGACUUUAGGAGAUGAUGAAAGUUCUGUAUAUCUUUCGUUCCAGUUUCAAAUAGCAGAACUUUUGAGACAGAUAUGCUUAAUGUAUGACAACAUCUCUGAUUUCACAAGAUAUGACGACGACCAUGACCCCGAACACGGUGAAGAAGAAGUUUUACAAACAUCCAUUAAGACAGGAAAGGUUUUAACUCAAAGUCUCAUUAUUGACACCAAAGAUGGCGAAGUGGACGUUCUUCAAGAGCUGAAGAAAAAUACUUCUUCGGGAGGUGGUGGUAGGCAUGAACUUGAAAUAAAUGAGAUAGAAGAGAAAUUAGCCGAAAAAGCAGAUAAAAACCAUGUUCAUUAUAUAAGUUCAGACGAACAGAUUAUAACGGACUACCACGGAUAUUUAACACAGGAUGAACAAAUAAGCACUGAAGAUGUUAAUGAAAGAAGAUAUAAAUUCAUUCGUGCUAAAGGUUAUGACAUACGCUGUACUGUACAGUAUGACACAGGUAAAGCACCAGAAGCAUUUGGUUAUAACGAUGAAAUUUAUGCUUCUAGUUUCUCUGUUAACGGUGUAUUAGUUGAACCAAGAUUUACUUUGAGAGUUAAGGCAAAAAUAACUUUUGAAGAUGCUAUUAAAAGUAAAGCCAGCAAAGAUGAACUUGAAGCAAUGAACAAAGUUUUGAAAUCUCAUAAACACAAUAUCUCCGAUAUAAAUGAACUUCAAGCUACAUUAAAUAGUAAAGCUGACAAAGAACAUACACAUAAAUCCCUCACUACUGUUAGAGCAGACGACAUAAUAUUGAACUAUUAUUUGGGUUCAAGUGCACCUUUAGAGAAUCCGAGUACAAGCGUAAAAGAUACACUAAACAAUUUAGAUAACAGAUGUAUGAACAUUGAAGGUCAUGCCAGAAACUUUGAAGCAUACGAACUACCAGCAAUGUUAGAUAAGAAAGCUGACAAAGAACAUACACAUAAAUCCUUCACUACUGUUAGAGCAGACGACAUAAUAUUGAACUAUUAUUUGGGUUCAAGUGCACCUUUAGAGAAUCCGAGUACAAGCGUAAAAGAUACACUAAACAAUUUAGAUAACAGAUGUAUGAACAUUGAAGGUCAUGCCAGAAACUUUGAAGCAUAUGAACUACCAGCAAUGUUAGAUAAGAAAGCCGACAAAACUUAUGUAGAUGAAAAUUAUGCAAAGAAGUCGGAAGUAAAUGCUGCGCUUAAUGGAAAAGCCGAUAAAGAGCACGUGCAUGAAGAAUUUCAAACAAUCAGGAUUAAAGAAAUUAAGGCAUGCAUCGAAAUAGUAACAAAAACAGGAAGAAACGGUGCAACUGUACAUGAACAAAGAAUUUAUCCUCCUACUUUUCCUAAUGGUUUAAUAACAAACAAUAUAAAUAUUGUAGAAGGCAAUAAAGCUAUAAACGUUAAACAUGAACUUCUAACAAUGAAGGCCCAGAUUGUUCAAACCAUAUAUCCUGUUGGUUCUAUUUAUACGUCAAUGAAUUCAACAAAUCCAGCAACAGUUUUAGGUUUUGGUACGUGGAAGCAGAUUGUAGAUAAAUUCUUAUACUGUGCUAAAUAUUCAAAGCAAACAGGAGGUUCGAAGAAAAUUAAAGAAGCAAACUUACCUGCGCACACUCAUACAGGAACGACAAACUUUUCUGGCGACCAUAGCCACUCAUUAAGAGACCACCCAUUAUACAACUCAGAGUAUGAAGCUGGCAAUGACGUUUUAUCUCCAUCUUAUAACAAUUCAGCAAAAAAGAUUUUUCGACCAACUGAACCGGGAGGUAAUCAUUCACACACUUUCACAACAAAUCCAACAGGCUCGGGUGCAGAUUAUAUGCCACCUUUUGUGACUAUAUUCGCAUGGUACCGCGUUCAAUGA